AUUGAAUAAAACUGAGUAAUACAAGAUGGACGUAAUUUUGUCGUUGUCGUCCAAUUACAAUUUUUACUUUAUUUUUAAUUUGUGAAAACUGUUUGAAACCAACAUUAAAAGGCGCAACAGCAACAUAAAGUUCCGGUAAAAAAAUUUCUACGUCAAAAAUUGCAAAAAAAGUAAAAUACAAAUAUUUAGAAGGCGUCGCGUGCUAAGUUCCGUUUGAUUUCUAUACAAUUUUUGCUUUUACAUUGCGUCUAUGGAUUUUUUCCAAUUGUGUGUACUUUGGUGCGCGCGUAUGUGUGCCGCUGAAAACGGUAGUUUUUUGUUUGGUGAAAAAUCGAAGUUUGUUACGCCGCUGCAGUGGUUCAACGUCUUGCAUUGCUUGUGUGCGUGAAAAUUUGUUAAUAUUGCUGCAAGAAAAUAGAAGUUCAUCCAAUAAGUAACAUAGUGCCACAUAAAAAUUGCGGCUAUAAUUUGUGUAUGCUUACAUUCAUGCAAGAAAUAGUUAGUAAAGUGAUUACAGCUGUGAAAACAUUAGUGUCAAGACUGGCUUAAACGUCAGUCAAUAAGCAACUGUUCGUCCCACAUAGAUUGCAAUACAGAGAUAAAAAAAUUAUAGUUAUUACAGUUAUAAAGCAACAAAAAGGGUGGAGAUUCUGAAGCUUUACACAAACUAUUAGUGAAAGGAACGACGUUGCAAUCGAGACAACAACGACACUUCAAGUAAAACAAAUAAACAACAGCGCAACAAAAGCCGCUUGAAAGGCAGGAAACAGACACAACAAUAAAAUUAACUCUUUACUGCGGCAAUAAAUCACAAAAAGGUCCUCAACUGAGAUCCAAUUGUCUAGCAUUUUAUAUCAUCAUUUCCAACGCAUCCCAUUUUUUACAAUAUUCAACGCAUCCCAUUUUUUACCUUUUCCCUUCGCAUAAUCUAAUCUCUCUUUUGACAAAUCGUAUAAGUUCAUACAAAAGGAACCAUUAUGACUGAGGAUACAGAAUAUAAGAAAUUGCCCGUGGACGAGCGUUGCGUACACAAAUUGUGGAAGGCACGCGUAGAUGGCUAUGAAGAAGCGGCCAAAAUUUUUCGUGAAAUCGACGAUGAAAAAUCGCCAGAAUGGAUGAAGUUUUUGGGCCUCAUAAAAAAGAUGGUCGUCGACUCGAAUGUAGUCGCCCAAGAAAAAGGACUCGAGGCGGCUUUGAUAUUUGUUGAGAAUUGCGGUCAGGCGGGCAAAACAGUGGGCGAUGUCAUGGCGGGCAUUGUGCAGAAGUGCAUUGCAGCACCCAAAGCCAAAACCAAGGAUAUUGCCGUGCAAGUGACGCUCAUGUAUAUUGAAAUUGAAAAGCAGGAGGCUGUCAUGGAGGAGCUCAUCAAGGGCAUGGAGCAUAAGAAUCCAAAAAUUGUUGCCGCCUGUGUGUCGGCCACAACAAUGGCGCUGCGUGAUUUUGGCAACAAAGUAGUCGGUGUAAAACCACUGAUUAAGAAGCUGGCACCACUGAUGAGUGAUCGCGAUAAGACGGUACGUGACGAAGGCAAACAGUUGGCCAUAGAGAUUUAUCGCUGGAUUGGCGCCGCAAUGAAACCACAAAUCACCUCAUUGCCUCAGGUCACACUCAAAGAGCUAGAGGAUGAAUUUGAUAAACUCAAGGGAGAGAAGGCUGAACCGUCAAGAUAUCUAAAAUCACAACAGGAAAAGCAACAGCAAAUUUCUGCCGCCGCAGCAGAGCACGAUGAAGCUGGUGAUGAUGAUGAUGGCGAGGGUGAAGAAGUUAUUGAUCCAAUGGAUCUCAUUGACCCAGUUGACAUACUCUCGAAAAUGCCCAAAGAUUUCUAUGACAAAUUGGAGGAGAAGAAGUGGACAUUGCGUAAGGAAUCGCUAGAAGCACUCGAAAAACUUUUAACAGAGAAUCCAAAAUUGGAGAACGGCGAAUAUGGGAUACUGGUGAAUACACUGAAAAAGGUCAUCACGAAAGACACCAAUGUGGUGCUGGUCGCAAUGGCCGGAAAGUGUCUGGCAAUGUUGGCCAAUGGCUUGGGCAAGCGUUUCGGCACCUAUGCAAUGGCUUGCGUGCCCUCUCUUUUGGAAAAAUUCAAAGAGAAGAAGGCCAAUGUUGUGGCCGCGCUUCGCGAAUCCAUGGACGCUAUCUAUCCAUCCACCAGUUUGGAAGCUAUGCAGGAAUCCAUUGUCGAGUCGCUGGGCAAUAAAAAUCCAAACGUCAAAUCGGAGACAGCUUUCUUCCUCGCUCGUGCCUUUGCACGCACUCAACCAACUGCAAUCAACAAGAAAUUACUCAAAUUGCUUGUGACCACACUUAUAAAGACAUUAAACGAACCUGAUCCCACAGUACGUGAUGCUUCAGCAGAAGCUUUGGGCACUCUACUCAAGCUAAUGGGCGAUAAAUCUGUGGGACCUUUCCUGAUUGAAGUAGAUGCACUUAAGAUGGCAAAGAUUAAGGAAUGUCAAGAGAAGGCCGAAAUUAAAGUGAAAGUGAUAGGCCCCAAAAAGGAACGACCUGCUACUGCGCCAGCGUCCAAAACUUCAGUUGCAGGCUCAGCUGGUAAUGUGGGUUCGGGUGCAUCGUCACGUAGCGGUUCCACCGAACCGAAGCCAGUGUCGCGUCCUGCUACCGCAGGAGGCAAGAAGUCGGUUAAACGUGCAGUAGGUGGUGGUGCCGCACCACUCUCCAAAUCCGCUAGUAGCGCUAAAAUGUUGGCUACUGAGCGUGAAAUGUCGCUCGAAGAAGUGCAAGCCAAGGCUGAGGAAUUACUGCCGGCUGACGUGCUUUCUGGUUUGAUUGAUUCGAAUUGGAAGAAUCGUUUGGCAGCUUGUGAGAACUUAUUACAAACAAUUGGUGAUUUUGAUGCCAAACAACCGGGUUUGUCACAGGUACUUGUGCGUACGAUUAGUGCACGCAAGCCGGGUUUGAAGGAGAUGAACUUCCAAGUUCUGAAGAAUAAACUGGACAUCAUUCGCAUUGUCGCCGAAACUUACCCGCUAACAACGAUCACAAUCGAUCUGGUGGUUAAUGAGGUGACCGAAAAGCUAGCUGACAUUAAAAAUGGGGUCACGGCGGCUGAUGUACUCACGGCUUUUGCUGAAGCCACUAAAUUGGAGCAUAUAGUAGGACGCGUUCUCACUUUUGCCUUCGACCAGAAGUCACCGAAAGUGCAAUCCGAAGCACUGAAUUGGGUAAGCAAGGCCAUACUAGAAUUCGGCUUUCAAAUCCAACCCAAACUAUUACUCGAGGACGUCCGCAAAGCUGUGCAAAGCAUAAAUCCUACAGUGCGCAGCGCUGGUAUUGGUUUACUCGGCACAAUGUCCAUGUAUAUGGGCAGCACGCUAAUGAUGUUCUUUGAGAGUGAGAAACCGGCAUUGAAGUCACAAAUUCAGACGGAAUUCGAUAAGAAUGCUGGUGAAAAGCCCCCAAAACCGAUACGUGGUGUUAAGAAAUCUGGUGCCAACUCAGGCGGUGGCGCUGGUGAAGCCGAUGAUGAUGCGUGCGAUGACGACGAGCCACAGGAGCAAAUGAAUUUGGCUGACAUGUUGCCUCGCAUCGAUAUUGCACCGCAGAUCACCGAAACGCUCCUGAAGGAGAUGUCCGACAAAGACUGGAAGACACGCAAUGAGGGUCUCAAUAAACUGCAAUCCAUUAUAAGUGACGCAAAAUUAAUUAAACCUACAAUUGGCGACUUAGCGCCGGCACUUGCUCUCCGCUUGGUCGACUCGAAUGCAAAAAUCGCGCAAACCGCCAUGUCAAUAUGUGAGCAACUCGCUAAUGCUAUGGGCUCCGGCUGUAAAAGUCAUGUUCGCGCUCUUUUCCCCGGUUUCCUGCAUGCUCUUGGUGACAACAAAGCCGCAGUGCGUGCUGCUGCUUUGAGUUGCAUCAACAGUUUUGGCGAAAAAGGUGGAUACAAAGAAUUUUUCGAGAACGAAAUGAUCGCUGAUGCCCUGAAAACUGGUUCGCCAGCGCUCAAAUCCGAGUUGUGGGGUUGGCUAGCCGAACGUAUGCCACAAAUGCCUCCUAAAUCCGUAUCGAAAGAGGAGUUGACGUCGAUGGUGCCACACUUGUAUGCACACAUCUGUGAUCGCAAUGUAGAUGUUCGCAAGAAUGCCAACGAGGCGGUAUUAGGCAUAAUGAUACACCUCGGUUUCGAGAGCAUGGUCAAAGCGCUCGAUAAACAGAAGCCGGCGUCCAAGAAGGACAUACAAGCGGCAUUGGAUAAAGCACGGCCGAAUCUGCCAAUGAAACCUUUACCCAAAGGCAAACAACAAGCACCGAUAGAGGAGCCAACGAAGAAGACAGUGCGUGGUGGCGCACAGAAGAAUGCUACAGCUAAGGGUGGUGCAGCUGGGGCAGGUGAUAAGGCCAGCGGUGCUUCAUCGCGUAAAAAGGACGAAGAUGUGGACACAUCACCAUUGUUGGCAGUUAAUAAUUCUAAAAAUCAACGCUUGAUUGAUGAGCAGAAAAUGCGCGUACUUAAGUGGACAUUCACAACGCCAAGGGAAGAGUUCAUUGAUUUACUCCGCGAACAAAUGACUACGGCCAAUGUAAAUAAGGGACUAAUGGCCAACAUGUUUCACGAUGACUUUAGGUACCAUUUAAAAGUUAUCGAAUCUUUGAACGAAGAUUUGCCCAACAACAGCAAAGCGUUAGUCUGUAAUCUGGAUUUAAUAUUAAAAUGGCUAUCGCUGCGUUUUUAUGAUACGAAUCCUUCGGUUUUGCUGAAGGGUCUCGAGUAUCUCAAUCAGGUUUUCCAGACAUUGGUCGAAAUGGAGUACAUACUUGCCGAAAACGAAGGCAGCGCUUUCAUACCACAUCUGCUGCUAAAGCUCGGCGAUCCCAAAGAUGCUGUGCGUGUUGGUGUACGCUCGCUGCUCCGUCAAAUAUUGCUUGUCUAUCCUUAUACCAAAGUAUUUGUGUACGUUAUGGAAGGACUCAAAUCCAAGAAUGCCCGUCAACGUACCGAAUGUUUAGAUGAGCUGGGCUAUUUGAUUGAAAAUUAUGGUUUAACGGUAUGUCAGCCCUCGCAACAGGUGGCAUUGAAGGAAAUUGCACGUCACAUAUCCGAUCGUGAUAACUCUGUGCGCAAUGCCGCAUUGAAUUGUGUAGUGCAGGCAUAUUUCUUAGCUGGCGAAAAGGUCUACAAGCUAAUUGGCCAACUGAAUGAAAAAGACUUGUCUAUGUUAGAUGAGCGUAUAAAGCGCGCCAAGAAGACGCGAAAACCAACACCAGCUGCGCCGGACACAACAACAACACUUGGCGUUGGCGGUAGCGGUGGUGUUGGCGUCAAAUCGGGUGCGCAGGUGGCGCAGCAGGAUAUCAUUGAAAUCGAUGAGCCUUCGACGAAUGGAGUUUGCGAUGAGCUGCCACCGCCAGACGAGCAACCUACGCCGGCAGCAAGUGUGCAAUUGCAAUCGAAUGCGAAUGAAGCAAAUGCCAGUACGGAAUCAAAAGACAAGCGCGCCUCUUCGCUCAUAAGACAAGCAACUUUCGAUCAACCUGCAUCCACACAAUACCAAUAUCAACAGCCCAAAACGAGCGGUCCCUUCGGCCUUGACCCCGAUAUUAUUGCCGAAAUCGAGAAGGGUUGGGUGCGUGUUGACCAAAUGCAGCAAGUGGAGGUGCCGCGUGUCGAUGUGUCACUCCUCUUCGAGCCGAUCAAAGUCAUACCGACACGCGACAAUGUGCAGUACCCGAAGGAAAAAUUCGAGCAACUCAUUUCCCGUUCACACUAUAUACAACAACAGGCGGUGCACAAUACACCGCCACCACCAUCGGCGGCAGCGAUGGCUGCUGUUAGUGGCGGUGUUGGGUCGCCCUACGUGAGCCCCCAACAACAUAUACACCAUCAGCAGCAAUUGAAUACGGCCGUUUAUGGUAGUGGGGCUGCCAAUUAUGGCAGCAACACGAAUUUGCAUCAGAUGUCGAAUAUUGUUGACGUUCUACCCAAACAUGAUCCUCAACUAAUCAAAAUGAUUAAGGCUAUCAGCAGCGUUGACACUUUAAAGGUGCGUGCUGCCAUCAGCGAACUUGCCGAGAUCAUUGAAUCACCCGAAAAACAGGCCGUACUGCGUGACUAUGAGGAAAUUUUCAUACAAAAUGUGCUCGCGCAGUUCAAAAAUUUAUCACAGGUGCCCAUUUCCGAAUCGUUGGUCGUCUAUCAACCGCUACUCUCCAUACUCUACUCAUUUUUCCACUCAAAAACGUUGGGUAAAACGCUGAGCGUUGCCUGCAUCAAAAAUUUAAUAUCUGCGUUGUUAAAUCUUAUGGCCGAUCAGAAGCUGAGCGCUGGCGAUGACGGUCAAUAUACUAAAGUUAUUAAUGGUAUUUGCUUGAAAGUGUUGGAUAAGACGAAUUUUACGAAUUUAAAUUGCGCAUUAAUACGCCUUUUACGUGAAACCUGUCCGGUGGCUGGCUUGCCAAAAUUCACCGAUCUGUUGAUGAAAUGCAUUUGGCGUAAUGUUAAAAUGUUACCCGAACGUACCAAUGAACUGAAUUAUGAUGCCGUCAUAUUGGAAGUGCACGAAUUUAUGUUGGCUUUACCAAGUAGCUGGUGGCAGACACGUCCAUCCGACACGCCUUUGCGUACCGUCAAGACAAUUAUUCAUAAUAUGGCUAAAGUAAAGGGCAAUGCCAUACUAAAUCAUCUCAAUCAGAUACCAACACAUUCAGAAUUGUACGCCUAUUUGAUAAAGAUACUAAAGAACUUGGCCAAGGAGGGUCACAUACCGAGCGCCUCACCACAACGCUCCACCUCGGCUAAGGACGUGCAUGGCAAACGCAUUUCAAAUCAAACGCACGAAACCAUGUCUCAGAUAUUUAAAUUAAUCUCAGAUAAGGAAACAAAGCAGCAAGGCCUGCUAAAACUCUAUGAGUUUAAGGUACAAAAUCCCGAUAUUGAUUUAACGACGUUCCUUAAAGGUGCCAGCCCCAGCUUUCAGAAAUACAUAGAAGACGGUUUGGCUGAAAUUGAACGCGCUGUAGCCCAAUCUGGUGGUGCGGGCGAUGGUAUGCAGUACACGCAAAAUGGUGACAAUCGCAUAGCUUCAUCUCGAUUUUCCUAUCUGACAGAUGCCAAUUUCCAACAUCAAACCACUUCUGCAAGCAGUAGUGGCGGCAGCGCUGGCGGUGUUAAGACAGCGGAUCCGGACUUUUGGAUGGAUCGCCUAAAUCAUCUCAUUUCAAAAGCUAACCUUAGUCGCAACGCUGACGGCAUGAGUUCCACGCACACAAUGCUCAUGGACAAUAAGGUAGCGGAUGAAAAUCUGAGUUUGAACACGAUGAAUGCGCAACAGAAGAUGUCGUCGCUAAUACGAAGAGAUGCGAGUAAACCUGAAUUGUCGCCGAAUCGCCUGCAGCACUUACAAGCCAAGUUAGCGGCGUUCAAGAAAGAGAAUCACGCUUAGAGGGGAGAAUAAUUUUUGGGGGAAUUACUUAUAGGCAGGCAUUCGUUAGCUUCGUAAGCGCUAAUGAGCGACGUAGCGCUGCAUUAACGGUGACGAAAAAAAAAUAUUUUCUCUGUAUGUGAAUGGAAAUAUUAAAAUAAGAAACAAUAACAACAAACAAAAUGAAGAGAGAAAAUCCAUUGUAGUACUGCAGAGCCUAAGAGCAAACGCUGAAAGUAGUAUGGAAAGCGCGAUAGAUGUGAAGCAUAGAGAAGAAGAUGAGAAUCACGUAUAUACACAUAAAUGAAGUAAACAAGCAAACCACAACAACUACAAUAAGCGAAUAUAUAUUAUAUAUCAAAAGUCAAAAAAUUGUAAUUUGCAUGGAAUAAAUCGGCAGUGACAACUACAACAGGAAAAGACUGCAAAACAGGAAACCGUUUACGCAAAUGAAAAUCACAAGCGAGCUUGAACUAGAGCGAUAGGAGCAAGCAUUAAAAUUCAAUGAAAGAGAAUUAUCAGUACGUGGCGGUAGUGUAACCACAAAGCGUAAAUGGAUGAUGAGCUAGCAGUGGAAAGGAAAGAUACAGGCCGCAGCAGAAGAACUAAUAUUAUAUACUACUACUAAUGCAUUACUCUUAAUCACUACUACAAUUAUUACACACCUACACACCCACACACAAGUACAUAAAUACAUAUAUACACACACCCAUACACUGGUAUUUAUGCUUAAUAUAAAUUUUACUAUAUAUUCUUAAAUUAUUACCAAAACUCAAAUUAAAAAAAGAAACCACAAAACAAAGGAAAUCGAAAAUGGGAAUUUAAUUGAAGUUGAAAUUGAGUAAUAAAGGCAUAUGAAUGAAAAUGAGUGAUUGCACAUGUCUGUUGGAAAUAGGCGACAGUGAGCAUAAUAUUAGUUUAAUAACAAUAUUUACUGAAACUAAAAUUAAUUUAAAACUGAAAUUUAAAGUAAACAAAUAUAUAAAAAAAAAAAAACAGAAUUAAAAGAAAAC